AUGGUUUUAAAAAACACAUUAGUUUUUUCUGUGUUCGUAAUUGUUUCGGUGGCAUCUAGACCGUCUUCGCCAUUGAUAAAAAAUGUGUAUCCCGGUGGCAUUCAUUUUGAGGGUCCCCAUUGGUCCACGUCGGAGAACGCUCUUUACUGGGUGGAUAUAUCAGGACAGAAGGUCCUCAGGCUAGAUGAAACUGGCAAUGUGACUACUAAGGAUAUUGGUUACGGCCCCGUCACCCUAGCGGUGUCGGUGAAGGACUACCCUAAGAUGCUGGUAGUAGCUGUCCGCUCAGGGCUCUACUUCCUGGAUUGGAAUGCGAGUCCCGGGGAUGCCGCCCUGCGACUCCUGAGUGUCGUCGACGUGGGCCUGCCCGACAACAGAUGCAACGACGGCAAAGUUGACGCUAAAGGCCGUCUCUGGUUUGGCACGAUUGGCAAAGAAGUAGGGGACUUUCUAGACAAAGACCAAGCCACUCUAUACAUGGUGGACUCGAACAACUAUCAGUAUCCGGCUGUCAAGGUGCGGCCCGUGUCAGUGUCCAACGGCAUAGCGUGGACCGCGGACAGCAAGUUCAUGUUCUACAUAGACACGCCCACUAGGAACAUUGACGUGUUCAACUACGAUCUGGACACUGGAAUCUUAAGGAACAGGAGGACGCUGUUUAGUUUCAAAGCCAAUAAUGUGACGGGGCUGCCUGAUGGAAUGACCAUAGACAGUGAUGGAAACCUGUGGGUUGCAUGCUAUGAUGGAGGGAAGGUGAUCAAAAUCGACUCGAGGGCGGGAAAGCUCAUAGAGCAGCACAAGAUAAAAGCUUCCAAAGUCACUUCAGUCAUGUGGGGAGGUCGUGACCUGUCCACUUUGUACGUGACCACCAGUCGUCGAGGGCUCACUCCCACGGAACUAGCGACCCAACCCGAGGCGGGGUCACUGUUCGCUAUAGAACGCACGGGCUCUAGAGGAAGACCGGAAAACCAAUUCGUCUUUCCUGGAGCUGAUAGUUAUUAG